AUGGCACAAAAUCUGAAACUAAAAGUUCUAACAUUGAUAACAAAAAUGUCAGACAGAGACACGUACACGAUAGCGUCAACGGAGUUAGAGAAAAUCGCAGAGUCCUUGGAUAACACGAAACUUUCUACUUUCCUCUCUUGCAUUCUCUCCACCGACGCUACCGACAAGCCGUUAGUACGCAAACACUGCCUUCACCUUCUCUCCACUCUAUCUCUUCUCUAUUCUAAUUCUCUCUCUAACUCUCUCCCUAAAAUCCUCUCUUACAUUACUCGCCGUCUCCGUGACCCUGACUCCUCCGUCAUCCGCUCACAGUGUUUGGCAGCAAUAACCUCACUCGCUUCCAAAAUCACAAAACUGCCAUUCUCCGCUGCGUUUUUAAAGCAGUUGAGUGAACCGGUGUUUACGGAGCAGGAAUUGAAUGCGCAGAUUGGAUCCGCUUUGUGCUUGGCUGCCGCGAUCGAUGCGGCGCCGGAUCCAGAACCGGGGAGGCUAGGGAAAGUGUUGGUGCCGAAAUUGGAGCGGUUGGUGAAGAGCGAGGGGUAUAAAGCGAAGUUUGCAGUAUUGGUUGUUGUAGGGAGUGUGAUUGGUGUUGGUGGAAUGAGAGGGAAUGGAGGAGGGAUUGGAGGUUUGGUUAAGUGUUUGGUUGGGUUUUUGAGUAGUGAGGAUUGGAAUUCUAGGAAAGCUGCAGCUGAGGCGUUGAGGAAGUUGGCUGUUGUGGAGAGGGAUGGUGUUGCUGAGUUUAAGAGUGAGUGCUUGAAAGUUUUCGAGAAUCGGAGAUUCGAUAAGGUGAAGGCUGCAAGGGAAGUGAUGAAUGAGACAAUAGAGGCAUGGAAGCAGGUGCCGGAUGUUUCGGAGGAGGCAUCUCCGCCUCCUCGAUCACUGGCUUCUUCGAGAGAAGAUGCGAGUGAUGAGCGUCACCAGUCUGGAUCCAAAAACUUUUGUGCUGCUGGUUCUGAAGCCUCUCAAAUGAGGAAAAAAUCCAUUUUGGCUUUCAGGACUAGUCCACCUGACAGUUCAUUAGCAGCCACAGUUAGGAAGAGGGGUCCUUCAAAGAGUGCUGAGAAGAAAACAAGUCCAGCAAUGUACGGGAAAGUGGACCAGAAGAAGCUUGUGGAUUGGAAAGUUGAAAUUUCAGUUCCUAAUAACAUUUCUGCAACUGCAGCUGGGGAAAAUGAUCGUAAGGAGAAAAAUGCUAACCUUCCAGAAAGAAGGUGUGCAAAGCCAGAAACAAAACGAUCCCUUUUCAGUAAAAACUCUGAUGACAAGACGCUUAAAUUUGGUGGUUUCAAGUCUGGAUCUCGUGUGGCUCCCUGUCAUGAGGAGAGCCCUCGGUCUACUGUUGUAGCUAGCAGUGGGACAGAGAAUCACCAUAGCAACCACAACGGGUGUGAGGAUUUAUCUUUAAUCCGCAACCAGCUGGUUCAGAUUGAAAGACAGCAAUCCAGCCUACUAGAUCUCCUGCAGAGUUUCAUUGGGAGCUCGCAAAAUGGGAUGUGUUCCCUCGAGACGCGUGUGCAUGGCCUAGAGUUGGCGCUGGAUGAGAUAUCGUAUGAUUUAGCUGUAUCAAGUGGAAGGAUGACUAAUACAGAUUCCAACAGAACCACAUGUUGUUUACUACCUGGUGCAGAGUUUUUGAGCUCCAAGUUCUGGAAGAAAACAGAAGGCAAUUAUUCAAACUCAAGGAUUUCUUCAUCAAGGGGUACACCUCUAUCUGCUGCUGUGCACCACAGAGCUGAUAGGAAUGCCCAUUCUGAAACAAUAAAUCUGGGGAACCAAAGAUUACGGCUUCAGGGUGGUGGUGGUGGCUUCAUUGUGAAUCCCCUGGCAGAGAUUCCUGGUGGGUCACGGGUGAACUCAGAGGUGACACAGCACUAG